AUGCCGUCGAGCAAUCCACUUGCAUUUUUGCGUCCUCUUUAUGACAUCGCUGUGUGGCAGUUUCUUCUUAUGUCUGGCCAGAAGAGUAAGCGCCUUAGAACCGGGCAACCUGAUCAUGUUAAGUUUACGUUUGGAAUGCACAAGGUGGUCGCCAAUUUUAUCUGCAAACUGCUCGAGUUUCAAGCAUUCAUUCACUUGAAACAAAAAAUUCUUGAGACGGAAGCCAAACAAGCUACUGGAAAUUGGUCGUUUGGGGAACAGGCAACUGACAAAAUGAUUCACUGGUGCCAGGAUCAAUGGCGACGGAAGAGGCCUUGUCUUCCAGACACAGCAACGCCUUUCGCGGAUAAUGAACCGAUGACUGUGGCAUGGAACACCAACAUUCCAGUCUGUUUUAACUGUGGAAUUCCUUGCUCAAAUUGCUUAGAGGAAUUAAACGAGGAUAUGCCGAUGGAAAUGUCCACAGCAAGGGCAUUGAUG